UGUCAGCUCGGAGAUGAAGAGCUGGUUGACUGGCAGGACCACACGUUUAUCAGGCUUGACAAACAGAAAAAAGGGCCAGGGGAGAGGGGUGCACCCCUGACUGACGCCGAUCGCAGCCCAUCCUGUUACACAGGCUACGGUUACAACUACUGCGCUAGUGACCGCAUCUCCGUAACACGUUCUGUCAACGACAUUCGUCACCCAGAGUGUGCCACGGAGAAAUACUUACGAAAACUACCGACGGUCUCCGUGAUUUUUCCGUUCUAUAACGAGCAUUUACAGACUCUUCUACGAUCCGUCCAUAGUAUCGUUAACAGAUCUCCCAAAGAGCUGCUCAAAGAAGUACUGUUGGUUGAUGACACUAGUCAAUAUCCCAAUUUGCAUGGCCCGUUAGAUGAGUACAUACAAAAGGAGUUCACCAAGGUGCGCGUGAUUCGUGCGCAGAAGAGAGAAGGGUUAAUCCGGGCCAGACUACUGGGGGCCAGGGAGGCUAAAGGGGAGGUGCUCAUCUUCCUGGAUUCCCAUAUUGAGGCCAACUACAACUGGUUACCUCCCCUGCUAGAUCCCAUCGCACGUGACUGGAAGACGGUCACAUGUCCAAUGAUCGAUGUGGUCGACACCGACCAUUUCGGUUACCGUCAGCAGGAUUUGGGGGCGAGAGGCGCUUUCGAUUGGGCAUUUAAUUAUAAACGGUUACCAAGGUUACGGUCGGAUCAGAAGACGCCCACGAAACCGUUCGAGAACCCCGUGAUGGCAGGAGGUCUGUUUGCCAUUCAUAAAGAAUGGUUCUGGAAGUUAGGUGGUUAUGACCCCGGCCUGGAAGUUUGGGGAGGGGAACAGUACGAGAUCUCUUUCAAGAUCUGGCAGUGUGGCGGACGAAUAUUGGAUGCUCCAUGUUCACGAGUCGGUCACGUCUUCAAAAAGUUUAACAGUGCAGGAGGGGCCUUUAACCUGCUUAAAAAUUACAAGCGAGUGGCGGAGGUGUGGAUGGAUGAAUACAAGCCGUUCUUAUACAAGGGUUUGGGUGCUGGGGGUCUAGAUGUUGGGGAUCUGACAGAGCAACAUGCCCUCAGAGAACAGCUUCAGUGUAAACCCUUUAAGUGGUUCUUAAAGAAUGUGGCCUUUGACCUGGAGAAGUACUACCCCUCAGUACCGCCACAGUCAUUCGCUAAAGGACCGAUCACCAGUUUAGGAUGUGAUAAAUGUCUACAAGGUGAGAAAUUCAGUAUGCAUCCUCAGAUCCGACCAUCAUUAGUCAGGUGUCAGACCAACCCUGUACCGGGAAGUCAGCAAAUGCACUUGGGCUGGAAACGUGAGAUUCGGAUAGCUAAUGAGGAUUGGGGUUGCCUUGAUCUGGCAGGGCACGUGGGUGCCUCUGUGUUACUGUAUGGUUGUCACAGUGCGGGGUCCACACAGCAAUGGAAGUACGAUCUGGACAAAAAGCAGAUUGUUCAUCACGACACGCGAGCGUGUCUGGAGGUGAACUCUGACUGUCAGUUGGUACGCACCGCGCGUUGUGACGACACUUCCGCUUUUCAGCAAUGGGACUUUGCCUGGAAGAAUGAAACUGCCAUUCGGAAGCUGUGGAAUUACAGUGGAUCCAUCUUUGACGUCAUUAGUUGACGACUUUCUCGAUGUAUAUAUUUAUAUAUGCUUUUCAGUUUUUGUUCAAAUGUAAAUAAAGGGAGAUUUAUUCGUUGAUUUCUGACACAUGUAAAUCCUGUGUGCAAUUGUCCCUGUUGGGUUCUGAUGGUCACAGUGAUAUGACCCUGAGGUAGCUGGACAUCACAGAUUGUAUACACAUAUGUCUCUAAGUUGACAGGAUCUUACAGUAUAUGGAGCUUGUGUUGGCGGUUUCUUUUGACAAAUUUAGUUCUUCAUUUUGCAUUUGUUGAUAACAAUGCAUCUAUUGGUAAUCAAAAGCGGAGUUUCAUAUGAUAAAUUAAUAGCCAUUUUCAAAGAUCAGAAAUGGGUAACAAUUACCGUCAGUCCAUCACUUUGAAUUCAUACGUCAGAUAUUCUGACUUUGCUGUUUUCAUGACUCAUUAUACACGUCAUCAUGUUUGCGUCACACGCCUGCUAAGGGUACGCCUGUAUACAACAGUCAUCCUGGAUUUUUCAUGCAAGACACUGUAAAUAUAGAUCGAAAUAAAUUGAU